ACUCUGUUGCUGACUCACAACAGGCGGCAUUUAUAAACAACAAAGAACUCAGCCGGCUGUGAAGAUUUUUGUGACAAAUCGUUAAACGUCAAAAGGCCUUCUACUAAAUAAAUACUACGAAGAGAACAUAUCCACAAAAAUGGCAGAUCCACGCAUCAGGCAAUUGGUUAUUAAAACGGGUGUUGUCAAAAGACUGGCCAAGGAGAAGACCGUUUAUGAGAAGGAGGUCAAUACAGAAAUCGCUCGUCUGGAGAAGUUUAAAACAGAUGGCUCUGAUGACCAUGUGCUGCGCAAACAGGCCGAGGUGAUAGAGGAGUGCCAAAUGAUGAUACCAGACUCAAAGCGCAGGUUACAAAAAGAGUACGAUGUGCUAGAGAAAUAUCUGCAGGAUGAACAGGAUCUCAAGGAAACGGAGGCAUACACAAAAGCCGCUGAGGUGCUCAGCGAAGCUAAAUCCGUUCUCGAGGUUUAAGUCAUCUAAUAAAUAAAUUAUUGUCCAAAAUGCCCCCACAUGAAUAUUACUCUUCCUCUUCGUUGUAGUUUUUUUUUGUACACCAUAUGUGAAUAAAAGUAUUUUCUACGUUAACCAACACUAACAUGCAAAAUGCCGCACACUCUCAAAUUAAGCGAAAUAAAGACAAAUAUAACAACAA